AUGCAUUGCGUUCUAGCAAUUCUUUUGAAGACGGCGUCGUUGUCAAAUGAUAGAAGUAGCUUGGUCAUUACGAGUAUUUACUCGGAAACCCCUUACUAUGGCGUCUUCUUACCCGAUGUGGAGACAUUUUUCCCAACGCCCGAAAAAAAUUCCCGCAUAUACAUGACGGGUAACAAGUUCCAAGGUGAAGGUACAUAUUUGAGGGCCUACUGCUCAGAUAUAUUGAAUGAAAACGCAAUAAUUCAGAAACUCAGGGUUGGCUUAUAUGAUUCAGUUAAUGACAAACACACAGAGCUAGCCCGAGUCAAUAUUGGCCAUUCCUCUUGUCGGAGAGCUAUAGAUAAAUUGUGGCAUGAAUCGAAAGGUUCUCAGAUCAAUUUAUCCCAAGUCGUAGAUCGCGAGGAAUGUCCGAAAGGUGCCAUAGUCAGUUUGGCUUUUUGGGGACAUUGCAGCUUCUAUGGAUCCUACAGCAACAUUUUCCCCAAAGCUGUAGUUAAAGACAUUCACAUCAAUGCCGACGUUGCGCUACGUAUCCAUGAUGAAGUCCAUGACGGCAAAUUCUAUGUAGGAAUGACUACGUUACCCGGUAAACAAUUUCUUGCUUGGUAUCAAGGGAAUCUUCAUGUCUUUUUGAGAACAAGAGAAAAUGCGUGGUACCUUCUCACCGAUACAAGCAGAAGGCCCGAAAAUGGAAUUUUAGUCAGCAAGCUUGCAUGGCUCACUAACGGCCCGUUCCUGCCCCUCCACCAAUUCUUAGCGGAUCGGACAUCUGAGCCGGCAAAAGAAUCACGUCGAAAGCGUUGUUAUAAGAUUAUCACUUGCAAACAUGAAUCUCUCAGAAGCAAGCUGAGUCGCCAAAUGGCAGAAAUUAAAUUGGAAAAGUUGGAAGUAAUAAAUUCUAAGGGUGAUGUCGGUAGCUCGCCGCGACCUGAAUAUAUUAAUUCGUGGAUGCGAGAGAUUAUACCACCCCGCGUUCAGCACAAUGAUGGAAGCUCGCCGCGAUCAAAGAACUCUGAUUUAUGGAUGAGAGAAAUAUAUGCAUCACCUGAUCCAUCGGCUGAGAGUAGCAGCCCACAAUAA